GGAUUUGGACAAGUAUACAAAGUCCGGCACGUACAGUGGAAAACAUGGCUGGCUAUCAAGUGCCCUCCCUGCCUUCAUAUGGAUGACAAGUAAGUUCUAGCUGUUGAGCCACAUGGAUCAUCUUUAAAAUGACGAAUUUGUGUUUAUGUAAAAUGAUAUGAAGUAGUAUAAAACAAAGCUCCUGUAGAAGGGACUUCUUAUUUUUUUUACUUAUGCGGUCCCUCUGAGUACCAGAUCAGAACAUCUGAAAGUCUGUCUAUACCCAGCUCUUGUCUGUUAGUUUGUCACUUGAUGACCAGUUUAUGACCAAAUAGCAGACAGACAGGAGCUUAGACUACAGGUAUGUUGGUGAAAAGUCAUUCAUUGCCUGGAAGUCCUUAAGAGCCAGGCGAUGUGUGACUCAUCUAGUGCUAGUCUGGGCACACAGUGCAGCUAUUAUCAGCAAACAGAAGGCUAUGUUUCUGGAUAUCUAGCCACUGUUUAGUUGUGUUGCAGGGACCACUGACAUGUUCAUUCAUCCCCUGUGAGAACCACAGCUGUUUACUUAUCCAAACCAUACCCCAACAUGAAAGGUUCACCAACGAUUUCCCCAAUCAACAGUGACAUUGUUAUCUAUGGGCCCCAGGGAGGGGCUGAUUUAAAUAAAUGUGCAUUUCAUUAAGGGAAGCAAAGUGGUCUUUUGUCCCCUCAGGUUCAGCUUGAUUAGAUUGCAUCUUGACUUCUUUAACAUUUAGCAUAACCAUUGUAUUUCUGCUCUGCAUGGAUCUCAUGUAUCAAAAUUGAAAACUGUGUGUUUUAUAUAUAUAUAUAUAGAUAUAGAUAUAGAUAUAGAUAUAGGAAGUGUUUGUGUGAGGGUUUCCAUUCUUCUGGGCUGUGUGUAGACACGCUGGGUUCACCUGUGGUCUUCAGACAAAUGACAAAUAUCCCCUCACAAUAACUCUCCGUGCUUCAAUCCUCUCAGAACCUGUAGUGCCACUUAAAGCGUCCGCUGAACCCGAACCAAGAUGUUAUCAUCUCUAUUAUCUGCAAAGUACAUAAACAGUCAUUUGACUGCAGCCUCCAUUGACCCGCGCACAGCAUCCAGCAACAGGGACUCAAAGCCACCUUUGUCCGCCUGUUGUCGGGCCGCUGUGUGGCACAGACAAUAAAAGAAGCUGUAGAACCGGUCUUACCGGGCCUCUCGGUUAAAGCGGGGACAUUGUUUUGUUUUUGAGGAGCUGCUGAGGAGCACUUGGGAUUAGAUGACGGAUUUAGCAAACAAAUGCUUGCCCAUUCUCCCGUGUUUUGUUUGAUUAUUCCUGCCUGACAGAUUUUGGGGGCUUGUGCCUCCUUCAUUUGCGCUGAAGGACAAUUACAGCCUUUUUGUAACCUGAUACACUUUGCACAUAAUAGACUCUUAGGAGCCUCUUCUGUGCUUCUAAUUUCAUUUCAUUAAUCGCAGAACAACAGAAUUCCCCAGCCCAGCUCCCUUAAUUCUGCCUGUGAAGCACAUUCCUGCCAAUGCAACCGUUGGUGAUUUAUCUUUCUCUCAUCUGUCCUCAUUAAGUGUUUGCAUUUUCAAGGGAAAAUGGAGAUAUGUGCGCUGAGGUCAUGGAUGACCUGCACACGGUGUGUUUGAGGCAUGUCAGCGGGGCCGGUGGACUGAUAAUGAGAGAGCUGUGCAAAGGUUGAGCAACAUAGAACAGAGCUCUGUUUAAGCCUCCUGGUGCAUUCCAGGCUGGGAAGGGCCUCCGGACAGUCAAGAGCUCAAUCCACAUACUCGGUCUGAACUGGGGUGAAUGAGUUCUAGACGUCUGCAGAGGUCACCGCUGAGGUAAACCCUGGUGGACAUUUUGCUUAGCUGUGAACUCAGUAAUGGUUACAUAUAAUGCGCUGGAAUUUGGGUUAGGACAUAAGUUAUGCAAAAUGUUCCUGCUCAACGAGCAUAAGGUGACCUCAGAAUCAUUAGCUUAAUGUUUUAUGAGAAGGUAGAUUUGAUCACUACCUGUGUGCCAAUGGGUGUGGAAGGUUUGGUUCCAAACAAGCUUAAUAACAAUGUUUCAUCUCAUUUCAGCUGCGGUUUAUUUGCACUUCUUGAAAUUGCUUCGUCACCGGCACAAGAGCCUGACUCACUGAGUCGCACAAUAAAAUGUGGCACAAAUUCUCAUUAUCUUCUAAAUCACAGGGAGCGCACAGAGCUGCUGGAGGAGGCCAAGAAGAUGGAGGCCGCCAAGUUCCGAUACAUCCUGCCUGUGUACGGGAUCUGCGACGACCCCCAGGGCCUCGUCAUGGAGUACAUGGAGACUGGCUCCCUAGAGACCCUGCUGGCCACCGAGCCGCUGCCCUGGGAGCUGCGCUUCCGCAUCAUCCACGAGACCGCGGUGGGAAUGAACUUCCUGCACUGCAUGAGCCCGCCGCUGCUCCACCUGGACCUGAAGCCGGCCAACAUCCUGCUGGACGCUCACUAUCACGUCAAGAUAUCAGAUUUUGGCCUGGCGCGGUGGAACGGCCUGUCACGGACUGAUGACAUCAGCAGAGACGGCUUCUGCGGCACCAUUGCCUAUCUGCCACCCGAGAGCAUCAUUGAGAAGGACAGAGUGUCGGACACCAAGCAUGACGUAUACAGUUUCUCCAUUGUCAUUUGGGGGAUUCUCACUCAGAAGAAACCCUACCAAGGUGAGAAUAAUAUCCUUCAGAUCAUGGUCAGGGUGGUGAAGGGGGUGCGUCCAGACCUGGCUGCUGUGCCCCGCUGUCGGCCCUCAGCCUGUGCAGGGUUCCUGAGCCUCAUGCAGCGCUGCUGGACCACAAACCCUGAUGCCAGACCCAGCUUCCAGGAAAUCACAUCUGAAGCCGAGGAGCUCUGCUCUAAACCUCAAGAGGAGUCCAAGACGCCGACCUUAUCGACGUCAGAUCCGGAGCCCAUGUCGCCUAACGCACUCACUAGUGACCAGGUUAAAGAGAACAAGCUGGUGCGUCCAAAGUCCGCCAUGUUGCCGGAAAAAGACUACAGCCUGUCGGAGCUGUUGAGCCAGGUGGAUUCUGGGAUCUCGAGGAGCUUUGAUCGAGUGAAGGAGGAUAGCUGCCACAGUAAAGAGAACACUUGCAAGAGGCUGUCUGGCAUCUCCUCUGCUGAUUCAGCCUUCUCCUCCCAAGACUCCAUCACGCUGUCUUUUGAGAAAGAAAACACAUGUGAUUCUGCCGAGGUCCAGAGGCGGAAGCUGUGCGAGGCCAUCAGGACCAAAGACACUGCCAAGCUGAUGAAGAUCCUCCAGCCUCAGGAUGUCGACCUUCUCCUCGACGGGGGAGGCAGUCUGCUCCACCACGCCAUCGCCUUGGCUAACGAGGAGGCUGUCAAGUUCCUCCUUCUGAACAAUGCCAACCCCAACUUUGCAAACGCCCGUGGCUCCACCCCCCUGCACCUGGCCACAGAGAAGCACCUGAAGCCCCUGGCAGAACUUCUGCUCGGGCGGCGCUGCACCAACGUCAAUGCCAAGGACGAGGACCAGUACACGGCUUUGCACUGGGCAGCCCAGAACGGGGACGAGGCCAUCACGCGCCUGCUGCUGGACCGGGGGGCGGCCAUCAACGAGACUGAUGGCCAGGGACGCACGCCCGCUCACGUCGCGUGCCAGCACGGCCAGGAGAACGUAAUCCGGGUGCUGCUGAGCCGCGGUGCCGAUGUUCACAUCAAGGGUAAGGACGACUGGACGGCACUCCACAUAGCCGCCUGGCAGGGGCACCUGGGCAUCGUCAAGCUGCUGGUGAAGCAGGCCAGCGCCGACGUCGACGGGCAGACGACAGACGGCCGCACGCCGCUGCAUCUGGCUUCCCAGAGGGGGCAGUACCGAGUGGCUAGGAUCCUGAUAGAGCUAGGGGCGGAUGUUCACAUGACGUCUGCUGGGCUAAACACACCCCUACACGUGGCGGCAGAGACGGGUCACACCAGCACCUCUCGCCUCUUGAUCAAACACCAGGCGGAGAUUCACUGCCAGAAUGCCCACGGACUCACCCCUCUCCACCUGGCCUCCCAGCGAGGCCACCUGGCCACAGUCAAGAUGUUGAUAGAAGAAGGCGCGAAACCCUACAGGUCAGACCAGGCCCUACGCACCCCCUGCCAUCUGGCAGCGGAGAACGGUCACUGUGAAGUCCUGAGAGAGCUGCUCCUUCACUGUCCAGGUGGCGCUGCUCUGUCGGACGAGCAGGGGCUCAGCCCACUACACCUGGCACUGCAGGGCGGAUACUCGAACAUCAUCACUAUGCUGCUGCCGCAGGACUGCCAGGACUUGGUCCCCGAGAGGUCAGUGCAACCGGCGGCCGAUCGGCCCGCGCUGCCGGAGGCCAGGUCUCUCCAGAGGAAAGUGGUCAUUCUCAAGCUGACGGAGCGCAAAGACUGCCCACAAUCCACCAGCACACAAUGCGCCUCAGCACCCUGCUAACGAGAGCAAAGACACUGCCAGGCCGGUACAGAACUGCCCGCACAGUCUUCUUUUAUACUCCACUGGUGCCUCAGUGUUGGGCUCGGGGGGGUCAUAUCAAACUUAAGAGAGUUUUGUUGGACUUAAAAGCCCUUUCAGCACUGUAGGUAUUUCCUAACAGUCAGAAAAGCUUUAAUGUAAAUAUGUACACUGUGAAUAGGAAGUAUAAAUAAUCUGUUGUGUUCAAAUUUUUGUUUACUUUUUUACUUAACAAGCACAAUUCUUUUUUUUACUCAACAAGCACCAGCAUCAACAUUAUGAUCGGGUAACCUGUGACCUUAUGGGGACGUUUCACUAUAGCGCACUGCAGCUGGUAUGCCUGUCAGUCAUAUUUAAGGGAGGAAUGCUGUAGAUCAUCAGAGCCAUUGAUUUAAAAAAACUAAAAACAACGUUGACCUUCAGUGUUCUAACCCUGUUACAUAUCAGUGCAUCAUCCAUUAAAACAUUUUAAACCUUUUAUUUUGUUUGUGCUCGUCGCUUUUUUUUACAUUAAUAACCUAAAAAAUGUGUCUGCAAAUGUAUUCGGCCGUGUCAGCCGAUAACAUUAUAAUCAUGGUAAUGAGCAAAAUGAAAGUUAUUUUCUUGUGUUCACUCGUCAUUCAUAGCUCUAUGUCCUCUGUUGAUCCCUUACUCUGGAAAUUAGCAAGCAUUAAAUAAUCAUGAUAAAAACAUUUCAUCAAAGUUAAUAUGAACAGCUGGUAAAAUACACAAAGUGUCAAUAUUCAUUGAUUGUUUUGGGUAUAACUUUAUUUCUUCUUACGGCAUUUAGAGUAACAAUCUAGAUGUGAUGAUAAAGGCUUCAAGAGUCUGGAAAGUUCUGGUUGAGGAACCUUAAAAGUGCUUGAAUUUUACUCUUAAAAAGCUGUAUGAGCCCUGUAUUAAAUGCCCUAAAUAUGCACAUGUGUACAAAAUGUGCAAAAACAUGGACAAAAGCUUAUUCACUGCACUAUUAGUACUUUGUUUCGUUCUCAAAAUGAAUGAAAGGAUACAGAAUUGAAUCCAAAUUGGUCUUCGUAAACGAACGAGAACGAACCUGUUGAUAGAAUCAAGGCUUUUUAAAAGGUAACACUCGGAAUGAAAAAGCUCUUACGCUCCUCACCACAAAACAAUGUGCAUGUUCUAUUUCCAUUCAUCUUAUGAUUAUGUAAAGUUACACUGGUUCUCCAAUACAAGUAACAUUAUUAUUUAAUUUCAUCUCCUCAUGUCUCUGCAGGCUUGUUGGAGAAAGCGUCUUGUUUCAGUCUGUCAGUCUCUCCACCUGCAUGUGUGUCAGGCAGGGUUGGCAUGUCUGCAUCUGCAGCCCUCCCUGUAGUAUUGUUAUUAUAAUGUCUCUGCUCCAGACCCCACAGAGCACGCUCAGGUUGGCACAGACCAUGGGAACUGCCCCCAAGGGGGAUCACAGGCUCUGAGAUUAUGGAUGAGCGAGGAGGGGUGAUGAUGUUCCACCUGCAAUUGCAGCCUGUUGGCUAAUUCCUUAGCCCACUUCUCCUUCUCAUCACUCUCUAAAACCAACAUGCCAUCGCUGACGCCUCAAGGGCUUGGUUUUUCGUAACAUGAGAAACUGAGCGUUUGCUUGCAAUUGUCCCGUUUUUAUAGCUGGUGGAAGAUACCCGGUGAAAUGUGUGUAACCUGAGGCCCCUGUUGUGUGUACAGAGCGGCCUAUCCUGCCGGUUGCCUGGUGAUCCGUCUCAGCUCCAGCUAUGGGGAGGACAAUAGUUCUGCUGUUGCCUAAUCUCAGCUCCUAUCUCCUGUCAAGCCUGCUGUUGUGUCUAAUAGCCUGGUGGGUUGGCUUUGUGUCAUACAGUAACUUACAGUAGGUUUUUUUCAUUCUGGGCUACAGUUCUCUCUUCUAUUAACAACAAACCAGGAACAAUGUCAUUUAAAUCACCAGUGUUCAGUC